UUGAGCAUGUAGGAACACUAGAAAAGACUUCGUCAACAGUUUGAAUUAAAAACAUUGAAUGUAAAACUUUUUUUACAAGAAAAAAAGGAUCAAAAUGUCGGAAUUACGGCAAAGAAAGUCAACAAAUCCUUUGGAUUCAUUCCGAGAACUAGAUGCAUUUAAAAUGAAUAAGCUUCCAGAAGAAAUUGAGCAGAAAUCAAACAUAGGUGGCACAGUGUCAAUUCUAUCUAGACUAUUAAUAAUUCUAGUGAUUUAUAAAGAAGUCAAGUAUUAUUUUGACACGUCGUUGAUUUUUCGAUUCGAGCCUGACACAGACAUUCUACAACACAUAAAAUUUAAUCUCGAUAUGACUAUAAAGAUGCCCUGCCGUAACAUAGGGGCUGAUAUAUUAGAUAGUACAAACCAAAAUACAUUUUCAUUUGGAGUAAUUGAGGAAGAGGAUACGUGGUGGAAUUUAUGUCCAGAACAAAAAACACACUUUGACUAUAUGAGUCAUCUGAAUCGAUACUUGACUGAAGAAUAUCAUUCGAUUGCAGAAAUCAUGUACAAAACAAACGAGUUCCUUAAUGUAAAAAUGCCACAAAGAAGUAUCAAAGCAGUAGAACCAUACGAUGCCUGUAGAAUUCAUGGAAGUCUGAAACUGAACAAAGUUGCCGGUAAUUUUCAUGUGACACAAGGAAAGUCUUUACACUUUCCACAAGGUCAUCUCCAUCUAAACAUUCUGUUCGAUGAUGUUAAAGCUAAUUUCUCUCAUCGAAUCACAAAGUUAAGUUUUGGUGAUCCACAAUCUGGAAUCGUUCAACCGUUAGAAUAUGAAGAGAAAAUAUUUAUGGAUGAAAAAGCAAUGAUAAUGUAUUACAUUGAAAUAGUUCCGACAGACAUUGAAACAUUCGUGUCGCAUGUGAAGACUUAUCAAUAUAGUGUGAAAGAGAACACUCGUUUAAUUGAUCAUGAUCACGGAUCGCACGGAAUGCCUGGAAUUUACAUUAAGUAUGAUGUUAGUGCAUUAAGAAUCAAUGUUCUUUUAGGACGCGAGAACAUCAUUAAACUUGUGAUAAGAAUGUGUUCGGUAAUAGCUGGAAUCAUUGUCAUCUCGUCAUUCAUUAACAGCAUACUCUUAAAGAUGUGGGAAAGCUUUCUAAAAACCUUUGCACCGCAAAUCUACGCAUUAAGUCAAGAAAAAUUACCACUUAAAGUUGAUCCACAAAAAACCGCAAAUAUUUAUGAUGUUCUCACUAAAUCAUCUAAAGAAUCUCAUCAUAAUGACGGAAAAGGUGGCAAUAUAAACCUACUGACAAAUAAUCUCUUAUUCAGUUCUGAUCCCAUUACCUUAACGACCAAAUAAACUGUUGAUUACUUUUUUUUCUAGCAAAAUAAAAGAAAGAAAUUUACACAAAACUAA